CAUACGUCAAAUAGCGGUUGAUUUGAUUCGCGUUUCAUUUGUAAUUGGCUUUUACGUUAUCUAAAAUUGUAUAUUGAUCCUGAUAAAUGCCGUAUUUGAAUCAUUGCUGCUCGAGGUAUCGGUCAGAAAUGUCUUUGGCUAACUUAUUGCUAUGCCGCGUCGUUUCUGGGGCAUAAGGCGGUUGCUAAGGAUGCCGUUGGCGGAGGCGGGGGAUCAAUAUUCAAUAUGGGUUGGCCUAAUAUACGUGUUCAACCUGAUCGUGGGCACGGGCGCGCUGACGCUGCCGGCGGCGUUCGCGCGGGCUGGCUGGGGCCUCAGCACCAUCUCGCUCGUGUUCCUGGCAUUCAUGAGCUUCAUGAACGCCACCUACGUCAUCGAGACCAUGGCGUGCGCCAACGCUGUGUACAAGUGGAAGUUGCUGCAGUCUAUUAAGAGGGAUAGUGUGCAAGAGCAUGAAGGCCAUGAUUCAGACGAGCCGACUAACGAUAUGGAGGAGCCGCUCGUCUGUGCUUCCGUGCCUUCUCGAUACUACAGCUUAGACAGGCGCGUCGAGCUCGGCGAGAUGGCCAACUUGUUCCUGAACCGUACCGGCAGAACCCUGUUCUACUGCACCCUCUGCGUGUAUCUGUUCGGCGACCUGUCUAUAUACUCGGCGGCUGUGGCGAAAUCGGUCAUGGAUGUUGUUUGUUCAUCCGUCCCCGCAAACCUGACGAACACGUCCGACUGGGACGCGCUGCCGUGUUUCAACAGCACGAGCCCCGAACCGUACACUCGGCUGGCUUGCUACCGGACCGCUCUGCUCUCCUUCACCGCCGCCAUUGGGCCGUUCGUCUUCUUCAACGUGCAGAAGACCAAGUAUCUGCAGCUGUUCACCACUGGCAUGAGGUGGUUAGCAUUCACCAUAAUGAUAUCGUUCGCCAUCCACCUGCUGGUGCACUCGGGCGCGCAGGGCCACCCGCCAGCCUUCGACUUCAGCGGCAUGCCGACGCUCUUCGGCGCCUGCGUCUACUCCUUCAUGUGCCACCACUCCCUUCCCGGCCUCAUCUCUCCCAUCAGAGGCAAACAACGCCUCGGCUUACACAUAGCUCUAGACUACGCUCUUAUAAGCGCCUUCUAUCUACUCCUAGCCUUCACUGGAGCCUUCGCGUUCGCACAUUUAAACGAUCUAUACACCUUAAACUUCAUACCCACAGGCGAUGACAAUCUAUUCGUUAAAAUAAUAGAGUAUUUCUUAGCUUUAUUCCCCGUGUUCACAUUGUCCACCAGUUAUCCGAUAAUAGCUAUCACUUUGAGGAACAACUUGCAAAGUAUGUUUCUUGAUAUGACUCGUUUGGAGUCCUAUAAUUUUGUUCUACGCAAAUUAGUAUUUCCUAUAGUGGCAGUCGCGCCGCCUCUGGUAGUUACAUACUUCUUAGAAGAUAUAGGUGUACUUAUUGAGUUUACAGGGUCUUAUGCGGGCACUGGUAUUCAGUAUUUGAUUCCCACGUUUUUAGUAUUGUCCGCGCGUCGGCAUUGCACUAAUCUAUUAGGUUUAGGGGUCGCGAAUCAGUAUAAAAGCCCGUUUUCAAGCCAAGCUUGGGGAUUAUUUGUGUUGGUGUGGGCUAUUGUGUGCGUAAUAUUGGUAUCAGUAAACAUUGUCGAAAAGAAUUCAUGACCGUAGGCUUGUAUUAUAAUUACUACAGACAAAUGAAUUGUAAUAGAAUAACAGUGUGGAGUAAUAUGGCGUCAGCUUUUAAAAGCACUCUUACCCGAGGCUCGAGGGCUAUGUAUAUGUAACGCACGCUAGACGCUGACGCCGGCCGAUAUGCAUUUAUGUUAACCAAUGUAUGGCGUUUUGCAUCAGCGUCGAACGUGCGUUUCGUGGCCGAGUCAUUAGUGUCAUUACGCUAUGUUGCUCAACUCUUUGCAUCUUUUAACAUUCAUUUGUUUAUGGCAUGUUGAAAUAAUAGUAUUAAAAGAUGUAUUAUUACAUAUUGUUGUUAUUUUCAAAGCGCAAAGAUAAUAAAUAUAAUAAUCGUGUAACGUAAGACUUGGUAAUUAACUAAAGAAUAAAAUAAGUAUGGUUAGGGUGGUAUUCCACCUGUCCAAUUUCUUUGUCCAAUGUGUAUUUUGUCUCGCAUUUUGCUUCAUGAGAAAGUGAGACGCACUGACAUUUGACAGAUGGAAUACCACCCUUAGCGCUGUGGCAACACCGCUAUGUUCGCCACAACCAAUGAUGUAUAGAAAUGCGGCGGCCAACCAGAAAGCGCGAUCUAGCGCCAGAGUUUCGCACAUACGACACAUCUCUCUCUUCCAUUCUAACCAGCAUACUGAACGCGCGUGUCCUAUAUAGACAAUAAGAACCUAGAUACUUAUAUACAUAAUUAUUAUACUAAAGAAAAGACCAUUAAAAUGGUAAUUUAACUUGAAAGUGCUUUUUAUUGAAAUAGCGCAAAAGGCGCUUAAAAAGUACAAUAAUAAUUUAUUUAGCUUUAGUUGUAUCAUAGUUUUGUAAUCAACUAAGUGUGAUAUUUAAGGCUUCACUACAUUUGGUGUAGUUAAUGGUUUUCUAUGUCUGCGCUCAAUGCUUGAAGUCUUCCGAUUGAAUGUCUUCAUGUGGGUAUUACCCGACUAAAGGAAAAAGCAAGGGUAAAGUUUUGUAUUAUUUUACUUAAUACUGCCAAAGUUGAUGCGAGUCGCUUAACUUCAAACUCGGGUGAAUCCAACUGUCAGAUUUUGCGAUUUUGGUAGUAAGUAAAGCUAAUAGGGUAGAUAUUUCCUAAGAGGGUCGAAUGGAUUUAACCGAGUUUGAAGUUAAGCGACUAAUGUAAUGUAACUAUGAAUUUUAUAUAAUUUCUAACUCUGUAAAAUGUUUAAGGAAAUGUUAACUAACGAUCAAUUAACCUGGUCAAUAAAGAUAUUUAAUAGUAUUGCAACCCUAUGAGGUACAGAGCAUUAAGGCCGUAACAGACUAUCGCACCGCACCGCGACCUUGGAGCGGUUCUAGGAAUUGCUCGUACUGGCGUGGGCUUCCACACUAUCGCACCGAACCGUCAAAACGGUGCGAUCCUAGCUUACAGACUGCCGCACACGUGCGCCAGUGUUGCCAAGUGUCCCAUAUUUCCGUGUUUUUCAACGUAUUUUUGCAAUGGAAUCGUUUAAGAUUGAAUUUAAAUUAAUGUGGUUCCGCUUUUUUAGAGGUAGAUGAAGGGCGUGAGGUAAUAUAAUGCACCCUUUUCCAUGAAAAUCU